AUGACAACUGGUACCCCGAAAGGAUUCCUGCAUCCGGACUUGGAAGAGGCCCAAAACUCCCUCACGGCCUCCGGAUUCGACUUGAAGAAGAAGGAGGAUCUUGCGGCUGCUCGGGAAAUGGCGAAUUUCAAAGUGGAAACCGUGAUGAAGGGUCGAGAGGGGACGAUUUCGUAUGAGGACCUGGACGUUCCAGGGCCCGCGGGACCGUUGAGAGCCACGGUCUUACGAUCUAAGAAACACUCCGCUACGCCGGCGGCCGACACCCCGGGUAUCCUUUACAUCCACGGGGGCGCCCACCUAUACGGGAAUCGCUUCUUCGGACUGAACGGUGUUCUCGACUGGGUCGAGUCCCUGGGCGCCAUGGUCGUGUCGGCUGAAUACCGUCUCUCUCCUGAGAAUCCGCAACCGGCUCAAAUCAACGACACCUUCGCCACCCUGACCUGGAUGAGCGAACAUGCCAACGACCUGGGAUUCAACCCGCGCAAACUGAUCGUGAGCGGUGGCUCGGCAGGCGGCAAUCUCGCGGCGGGAGUCACCCUCAUGGCACGCGAUCAAUCCGGGCCGGAGAUCGUCGGCCUGAUCCUCACGUAUCCAUGGGUCGGGGAAAAUACCGAGACUUCGUCCAUGUUGGAAUAUGGUAACCUCCAGCCGUGGGCCAGAGAGAACACGAUCGACGCCCUCAAUUUCGCCCUGGGUGAGAACCGUGAAAAUGCCACAAUCUACACCGUCCCCUCGCGCUCCGAAGACCUCACCGGCUUGCCGCCCACGUUCAUCGAUGUGGGCACGGCGGAUUUGCUCCGCGAUGAAGAUGUGGAUUUUGCCACGGCCCUCUGGAAAGCUGGUGGGCAGGUGGAGUUUCAUGUGUGGCCUGGUGCCUGGCAUGGCUUUGAUGUAUUUGUACCGGACGCUCCCAUUAGUCGUCGGGCCAUAGCGACUCGGUUAGAAUGGUUGCAGAAUCUGAUCAACAACUCCUAG